AUAGAUAAGUGUUUCCCUGGGAAAGGACCUCUUGGACACAGUUGGUUACAAGGUAUUUACAAGGUGAGGGAGAAGUGGUCAUCGGCUUGGGUGAAUUCUCAUUUUGGUGCUGGUAUGAAGAGCACCCAGUUAAGCGAGUGUUGCAACAGUAAUCUUCGUCAUUACUUGCAGUCAGAAUUUAGUAUUCCUAGGUUCUUUGUACAUUUUGAUAGGAUGCUUGAUAAUAAGAGAGAUGCUGAAGAAGAAGAGGAGUACAUAGCACUUUCUACGUUUGCUGAUUGUCGCUUUUCAAGCAGUGCUAUUGUCAAGCAAGUUGCUGAUCUAUAUACCCCAAAAAUAUUCCAGCUUUUUCUCGGGCAGUACAAAGAAUCUCUUUCAUACAAUGUUUUCCCUAAUACAGAGUUAGCUCAAGAAGGGAAUGUAAAGAUCUUUGAUGUCUUUACAUUGUUAGCAGACUUUUCAAGGUUUGACAGCAGACUGCUCAUAGUUGAUUUUGAUAAUGGUGAAAUUAAGUGUACUUGUCGCAAGUGGGAGUCAAGUGGUUUGUUGUGUAAGCAUCAAUUGAGGGGAUAUGAUUUGUUGUGGUCUACAACUUGCAAUGUGAAGUUUCAUCACAUCCCUUCUAGUUUGAUUUUGAAGCGAUGGACAAGGACAGCAAAAACUGGUGGGAAUUUUGGAUUUGCUGUUUCGUCUACUGAGGCUCCGUCAAAGUAUCGGUCUCGUCUGUUCAAUAUUUCAGCUGUUUCUGCUUCGCUUAUCAGUAGGGUUUGUUUGAAUGAUGAUUUGUAUAAAACAACCAUGGAUUUCAUGAGUGAUUUGAUCAAGAAGUGUGAAGCUUUACCAACUGUUGAAACAGCUGGUACGGGUGGAUCGACCAACUGUGAGAGUGAUGUUCCAGUUCGAAAUGUGAAGGGGUUUAAGCCUAAGAAGGAUUCAUUUAAGCCUUCGAAACGACCUAUUACAGAA